CAAACACAUACACUCUCUCUCUCUCUCUCCCUCCCCCUGGCCCAGCGAGAGAGACGACAGCAGGGGUACGAGGGAUUCAGGAUGGAUCCCAACGAGGCCGGUGGAAAUGAAAAAGAGAAAGAGGAGAAGAAGGAGAAAGACAAAACAGUUAAGAGGAGGAAAAGGCUGUUACUCAGGUACUUAGAGAGGAGGAAAACAGACACGAUAGUGGACGAUGACAGCUCCAAAGGUGAUAUUAACAUUGGAACGUUGGUCAGAAGGAGCCAGUCAGAUAAGACAGAGUACAGCGCCAGGCUAAAAGAGAAGAUGGCCCCACAUGACCUCUCCUCACCGGCGUCCCCUGCACUUGACCCCGAGGAGCUUCGGCAGAGGAAGAUGGCGAAGAGAGCCAAGGUCAUUGAGGAGUUGGUGAAAACUGAAAACGAUUAUUUCACCGACCUUGAUCUGUGCAUUAGAGAGGUGCUGCAACCUCUUCGCGUGGCUCAGGUGGUGGAUGUAGACCGCUUAUUCACCAACAUGGAGUCUGUGUGUGCCGUCUCAGCUGAGCUGCUGCACAGGCUUCAGGAAGCCACAGCAGAACCUGACCCUCUGGCCGUACUCACAGGGGAGGUUUUCAUCCAGGCCAAGGCUGUGUUAGAAGAAGUUUAUAAAAUAUACUGCUAUCAUCAUGAUGAUGCCAACACUUUACUGAAGUCCUACGAGAAGGAGAAGGAGAUUCAGCAGCACUUCCGGACAUGUAUAGGUUCACUCAAGCAAAUAUAUGCACAAGAGGGAAAAUCCAAUCUCCUGGACAUGGGUUCCCUUCUUAUUAAGCCGGUCCAGCGGAUCAUGAAAUAUCCGCUGCUGUUGGCUGAGCUCUGGCAGGCCACCCCUGAAGAUCAUCCAGACCACCAGCCAUUACAGGAGGCCCUCGCCUCCGCCAAGAUCAUCAACCUAAACAUCAAUGAAUUCAAGAGAAGGAAAGACAUUGUGAUGAAGUACAAAAGGAGUGAUGGGGAGGGCACAUUGAAAGGCAGGCUGAACAAGUUCAACAUCCACUCCAUCAGGAAGAAGUCAGAUCGGUUAACAGGCCACUUCAAGAUCCUCACCGGGGUGGAGCCACAGGUUCGAGAUGAACUGUUUGACAAAGAGGAGAAGAUGUUUCGCAGCCUGGAGAAAGCUGUGAGAUUGCUGGUUAAAAAUGUCCUGUACUAUUUGCAGCAAGCACAGGAAAUGGUAUCUGUGACUGCAGAGAAUGCACGUGAUCUUGAGAAAAUUCUGAUGGAUCCAGACAUAAUAGACACCAAUGGGUUUCACAGAACCAAGAAUGAUAACACCUCCACAGACCCUUACAAGCACUUUAUACAGAGAAUGGAGCGGCUGGUUUUGGCUCCUUUGUCCUCGCUGCAGAGCAUGUUUGCAGCCCCCCAGAAGCUCAUCCAGAAACGCUACGACAAGCUUCUUGACUACUGCAGCCGCUUAGAGAGCCGUUCUUCUCCUUCUUCCUCCUCCUCUUCUUCCCCUUCCUCCUUGUCCCCCUCGCCCUCUGAGGAGUCGUGUCAGGCUGGUCGUGACUACCAGGCCCUCAAUGCCCAGCUGGUAGAGGAGCUACAGAGGUUCAACCUGGCCACCCAAAGUAUCCUCAGCAACUGCCUUCUGUUUCUGGUGGCACUGCUGCAGCAGCUAACGGAGCUCACCAGGCAGCGAUGCUCUUCCAUCCACCAGCUCCCGGCACCAUUGUCAAAUAUCAGUGAAGUCCAGAACAGUAUCAUGGAGGAGCUUGCUAACUUAACUUUCGUCAAAGACAACGCACAACGCCUGAUGGAGCGUAAAGUCAGCUUUGAGAAACGUGAAAAGAAAAUUGUGGCCCCAGAGAUCCAGCGUCAGGAGGAAGGACAAAGGGCUCGGCUGCUGCAGGACUACCCGGCUGAGAAGCUGUACCAGCUGAAGCGCAACUGCAAUGCGUGCCAGGAGAUGGAUGUCAGUCUGCUGGAAGGGGAGGUGGUAGCCCUGCUGGAGGACCAUGAUCCGUUGGGGAGCAGCAGCCGCUGGCUUGUAGACACAGGGGGUACGCAGGGCUAUGUGUACUCUUCCUUCCUGAAAGUCUACAACCCCCAGCGGGAGCAGGCAAGGGCACAGGCUGAGCAGGCCGAGGACUUUGACAACCUGAGCCUGUUUGUGUCCGGGAGCAGCAACACCAGCCUUCGCAGUUUCAACCUCCAUGUUUCUGACAGCAGCUCUACCCUCUCUGGCCUCCAGGUGGAGCCAGAGGGCCCAGAGGACACGGACACUAGUGAUGACCAGCAGUUUUAUGCAGUGUAUGCUUUCCAAGCACGCAGUGACCAGGAGCUCACCCUUCAGGAGUCCCAGCAUGUCCGCAUCCUCAAGUUCAGCGACCUGGGAGGCAACAAGGAUUGGUGGCUUGCUGAGGUCAACGGCCAAAAGGGUUAUGUUCCAGCCAACUACCUCGGAAAAAUGUCAUACGCUUAGAGGAAACUGAACAUUAAUUUAAAACUCGGUCAAUAUGAAGUGAUAAAAAUGGUCAGACUGCAGAUCCAUUUUGAUAUGAAGUCUUGCACUAUGACUUACCCUUUGUGCUUAGCACUUUCCACACAGAUACAGUGUUGAAAUCAACGAUGUCACCAACUGACUCAUUGUGAGAAAAAUGUAAUAUGAAGAUACUGAAUAUUUUAUAGAAGAUAUAUUAUUAACCCAUCUAUAUUCUGUGGAGAUACUUUUUAUGGUUCUACAUUUCACUCUGAA